GUCACGUGGUUAUAAAAAUGUCAACAUUGCCGUGCGCUGCGCUGUGCCCAAUUAUUACAAGAUUACCACGACCUCUCUGCUUUUUAUGACUAUUUAUCCAAAAUACAUGUGUUAAAUGCUUUCUUAGACUGGAAUAUUGAUGUUAGACGUUUAAAUCGGGAUUGUCACCGCGCAGGAUGGCGGUGUCUCAAGCAGGACAGUCUCCUCUUGUUCAUAGUUUGGCCAAGCUCCUUCGAAAUGAUGGUGACUUGGUUUUGGACGGCAGCAGCACCCUGACCCUCCCGGCCCCCACCCUUGGCCAGCUGACCCGUCUGUUUGAGCAGUACCUAUUGUCCCGCAGUCAGCAGCACGGCUUCCUGGCCCUGCCCUCACACCCCGCAGACACUGCCUCCCUGCUCCAGCUGCAGUUCCUCUUCGAUGUGUUGCAAAAGACAGUCUCUCUUAAGAUCAUUAACCCCCCAGAUACAAGACUUCAGUCUGUGGUAAAGAUCUUCCCCUUCAAAUCCUUAAAGAUUUUAGAGAUCAAGCGAAUCCCUCCACAUUGCCUUGAGGGUCUUCGAGGAGUCUACUCUCAGUUAGAAGUAUUCAUCUGCUCCAAAAGUGUUAGUUCUUUAGAGGAGCUGUUGUCUUUAUGUGGAGGAGAUCUGAGCUCAGCGUUGCCCUGGCUGGAACUGCACACACUCAACUUCAGCUACAACUCCAUCGUCUGCCUUGACCAGUCACUAAGUUUACUAAAUGUCCUCAAAUACUUGGAUUUGAGUCACAAUAAGAUCCAAGACUGCGCUGAAUUCCUCAAGCCUUUGAGUGAACUGGAGCACCUCAACCUUGGCUACAACUGCCUCCAGAGGGCGCCAUUGCUCGGCCUAAGCGCGAGGGCCAAACUCCUCACGCUCGUCCUCCGAAAUAACCAACUGGAGACUAUAAACGGCGUGGAGCAGUUGUCGGCCUUACAACAUUUAGACUUGGCUUAUAACCUUCUAUUGGAGCAUGCUCAGCUAGCCCCGCUCUCUAUGCUGCACUGCCUACAAACAUUGAAUCUAGAAGGGAAUCCACUGUGUUACCAAAAGACACAUCGUACCUGCACUGUGAGGCAUAUGUCACCCAAAGCUGCUAGUCUUCGAUUUAAGCUGGAUGGUGUCAAGCUGUCCUCAACAGAGAUAUCAGUGUUGCCAAAGUCUGGUCGUCUGUUGGUCCAGAGCCAGUCCAUAGCGUCCGUGGGCUCAGUGGAGCGUAGUCAGGAGGGCUCCAGUGGUCCAGGAGAGCUCACUGACAGUGUGUCUGUGGUGGAGGGGCCAGCAGCCAACAUGCGCAGGCUCAGGAAGUCUAAGAGUAAAGUGAGAGUGAGAAAAGCGAGCAUCUCUGAGCCCAGUGACACAGACUACGAGACCAAACCAGUACCAGCACAAAAAAUAGUCCUCCCUCACCAGGAGGAGAUCGAGCGCAUGUCAAGCUUCAGAGAGCAGCUGGGAGAAGACUGGCUCCGCUACCAGCACCACUUGGACCAAGGACCUCCUCUGACCACCACCACUGCUACCACUGCUACUGUGGACCAUCAGAACAUCUCCAAUGGUUUCUGCUCCUCCUCACCUGCAGCACAACCCUCCCCUGCUCAAAUAAAACCACCUCUAUCACACCUGGAAACUGAAGAUCCUGUGCCGUCAUUUGUGCGCUCUCCUGAGGUGAAGAUGGUGCUAGGAGGAGAGGAAGAGGAGGAGGAGAAGGAGGAGGUGGAUACAGAGUCCACACUGCAGAGACAGUCAGAGGGCACAGUGGAGGAGAGUCUGGAGGGAGCAAAGGAGGAGGUGUCAAGUAGGAAAAGUUCUGCCAGAAGUGAAGGGGGCAGAGAGGAAGAGGAGGAGGAGGACCUGGGAGUGGACCUGUGCCACCCCCUGCUUGUGGGUGUUCUGGCCGAUGAAGAGGAGGAUGAGAGAGAGGAGGAGGAGGCGGAGGAGGAGGAGAGAAAGAGGCAGAGGGGAGAGGUGUUCCUGCGUCUCAGAAAAGGUCUGCUGCUGGAGGUGGACAUGCACAGAGGACAGGAGAGGUGCAGACUGGAGCUGGACAGUCUCACCAGAGUGGACACAACAGAGGCCAGCUGGACACAGCGGGGCUCGGCGAAGCUCCCCGUCGUAGAACUCCAGUUUGACUACAUCAGCAAAGAGAAGCAGAGGAGACGCUAUGUACUGCUCGAUGACAGCCCACAGGAGGCGCUGCAGGCCUUAACAGAGGUGCUCCGUGGGGUGGUGGAGCAGAACCAGCGCCUCUCCCUGGAUCUGGGGCAUGUCCGUCUGCAGUGUCUGCGCUGCGGUCUGGACUUCUCCCAUCAGCAGGAUCAGGGCAGCGACCAGGAGCUAGGCGCCAGGGGCAAGAGGAGGCUGGGUGAUGAGUGUGGCUGUGGGUAAACUCUGAACUCUGGAGAAGAAGCGAGUACGUGUCCAGGAUGUAACAGUGACCGCGUGGUGCAGCUGGCCGACCACAGCGCCCCCUACAGCAGCACGCCCGUCGAUGAGCCUCGCGGACCGGGCAGUGACGGGGACGGAGACCACCUGGAUGGAACCCUCAACUCCCUCUCUAUUGAUAAGGAGGAUGUCCCCGACUCGAGCCUCCAACUGAAUGGAACUAACGCCACCGACGACCCCACCCCCACCUUCAUGACCGCCCGCAGCUCCUUCUAUAUCGGGGGCAGCCAGGAGGACCAGUCCAGCCCCUCCAACACCACUGAGAGCAAGGAGGAGCUGGCCGGGAGCUACCACUACACUGAAAUGGAGGUUCCUGCUGCCCAGGUGUCGCUGUGCCCAUCUGGGAAGGCCUCUUCUGAUGAUGAGCUGGACUUGGGCUGUGAGGACUUCGAUGCUGUGGACCACCGACUCAAACUCUUCUUCGACGUGGAGAUUUUUGAGGAGGAAGAGGAGCUACAUUCAUUUUUAAAGAUGUCAGCUGUCAAAUUCGGAGAGCCUGGGGAGGUGCCGUCACUGCUGGUGGUGUCCAACCUGAGGAUCUACUUCUUGGAAAUCACGUCGGAUAUACACAGGGGCCAGCUGUCGGACUGGCUGGUGAAGCGGGACAGUCAGCUCAUCCUGGAGCUGAGUUACCUGGAGGUGGGGCUGGGCUCUCAGUGCAUGCACAUGGAGUUCGGGGAGGGGGCGGCAGCCUACACUCUGCUGGUGAGGGACAGCGCGCGAUGCAAGAAGUUCUUUGGACUCCUCACAGGAAUCGUACGGGAAAUGGCCCACAAGUCGGACAGCAAGCUCCAGUCCAUCUCCACCACGCGCCUCAGCCCCCAGCACCACCUCUGGCCCCUGGUGUGUGAGGACAUCCAGGACGACGUGGAGGAGGGGCAGCUGCAGUUCUUCUACAUCCUGGCGUUUGUCCUGCAAGAGGAAUUCUGGACUCCGCUGACCGUCCUCGCCACCAGGGAGACUCUGCACCUGCUAAGAGAAGACCACCAGUGGAGGAAGAGCGUCAUCGACCCCACGUCCAAAGGAAGCGAAGAGCCCAGCAGCGGGGGCGUGACCGUGCUAGAGACUCAGCCAAUCAGCUGCGUGAGCUCCAUCGUCCUCUGGCCCACAGACUCCUGCAGGGUGGACAUCAAGCUUUAUGACGAGACGGUGAAGCUGGAGAAGACGUGGAGCGUGCGGUCGGAGAGCUCGGAGAUGAUCCAGGGGAUGGUGGCGUGGGUCAAAAGGCAGUGGGAGGACAUGUUUGGAGUCAAGUUGAGUCUGCAGGAGGCGUCGUAAGGCACACGCACGUACAGAUAGGAAUGAAGUUCUCGGACAAUUUGUGGGACUUUUUUUUUCUUUUUUGGUUUAGGAAAAAUGGAGAAAUUCACCUUCACAAUCACUAUACCAAAUAUAACACAUGUUGCAAAUACCUACACUACCGGUCAAAAGUUUUAGAACACCACCCUUUUUCCAGUUACUGUUUACUGUUGAUCAAAACAUAUUCUAAACUUUUGAUUCAUGAAAGUGUCCACCUUUGGCAGAUAGAACAGCUGAACACACUUGUGGCUCAUUCUUUUUACAAUAGAAAUCAAAUAUACUUCAGAAAGUUCAUCCCAAGUCUGUUGCAGAAGUUUCCGUAAAUGUGUGGCACUUGUUGGUUGCUUCACUCUUCUGUCCAGUUCAUCCAAAACCAGCUCGAUAGGGUUUAAGUCUGGACACUGUGCUGCUGGACACUCCAUGUUUUCAAGUUCACCAUCUUGUUCUUUUUUCCUGAGGUAGUUCUGGCAGAGUUUGGACCUCAGGCUGUUCAGUUUUUACCUUUGUACCAUUUCAAGCUCUUCAUUGGACUUGCAUGACUUGAAUUGCGAUAAAUAACUGGAAAAAUUAGGAUGUUCUAAAACCUUUGACCGGUACUGCAUGUUUACAAAAGAAAAGUGAAUUCUGUAAUAAAUGCAAUGUAAAAAUGCAUUGUUUAGCUUUUCUGCUGGAUGGUCCGUCAAGCACUUUUCUCCAUGGAGAUGUUAUUGCUUUGUCUGAAAUGUUUCACAGUAUGACAUUAAACCUUUCUAGCUACAUGGAGGUCAAACCAGACCAAGAUACAGAUCAGAUCUGUGGAGAGGCAACCCUAUUCACAGUCAGAAUGUUGUUUUUCUAGGUAUUUUUGAGCUAUAAAACUGCCUGUAAUUGAAUAAAUGUAAAGUAGAUAUUGUAGAUUAAUGUCAUACUGUGGAACAUUCCAGGCAGAGCAAGGAUCAGGUGAUGGACCCCCAACCAAAAAGUUACACAGUGCAACUUUAAGGACCUGAUUAUACAAAUAUGGGCAAAUAUCGGUUACAACUGCGAGUCAAAUAUCAGACAUUGGUUGUUUCCGCCUGGCACUAGGGUUUCCUUCAUCAAUCUAAAUCGUUCACUAGCUCAAGAUCUGGAGGCGAGUUCCCAAAGGCCCAAACCUCAACGCUGUGCUGUGAUUGGUCCGUCCACCAACAGCCGGGCCCUCUCUUACAAGCGGGAUCAUGCCAAGGCGGAUUCUUGCGAGUUUAUCCGUCUUGCUGUACAAGAUUACCCAGGCGCUGCACUCCUCCUCCUGACACACUGUCCUAUAAGUGUUCAAGGAUGGGUCAAAUCAUAGACUGUAUUUAUAAAUUGAAGUACGUUCCAAACAGGAAUUGAGCAUGGGCACACUUCCGGCUCCAUCGACUUCAGUUCAAUUCAAUUCGCUUUGUAUUGAAAAAACGCUACCCCUCCCUCUUAAAAUGCUCAUAUAAAACUGCUCUACAUGAUCAUGAUGUUUUUAUUUCAAUAUUUUGUCCGUAAAUCAAUUCCUAUUCUCAUACAAACCUGGAUCCAAAUUCUCCCCUAUAGCUUCUACCCUCGAUGAGCUUCGUUUGACUGGAGCCAAACACUUUGGUAGACCUCAGUCCGCUUCUUUAUACAGUCUAUGGGACAAAUGCGAAGUAAAUAUCAAGUAUUAGAGGACCCACACGCACAUGUUCUCAAAGAAACGCUCCAUCGGGCCUGAGAAAGCCUGUUGCGUAAUAGAUUUUCUUCUUUUUUUUUCACUUGUUUUUUUACGGUCAAAUUGCGUGUGCCUCGACCUACCAAAACAGCACUUUAAACAUGACAACAAGGCGGAAAUCGGGCGAAGAGAACAAAAUGUAUACGGCAAUUUCAAGGCUCAUUUCUGCUCAAAAGGUAUGAGCUUGUUUGAGAUGGCAGCCGACCCGAGUCUGUUCUUUGCGGAUGAUGAUAAAGACACAAGCAGCCCAGUAAGUUACAUCAUACCAGCUGUCAAUUUUUGAUAAUGAAACAGGAAAACAAACCUGGAGAUAUCGCUAAUCUGCUUAUGCCACUUAUGUCAUGGUCUGGUCAUGUUAUUUUGUUCUGUACAGUCAUUUCUGUGUUUAAAUAUGUUUAUAUAAAGAUUAUGUUAUCUAGAUUAAAGAUUUGUACAUGUUUUUUACCGUCUUGAAAGCGUGAAAAAACAGAGCUAGUUCAUUGUAAACAGUUUGCCGUAGUCCAAAGUUAUUCUUCACUUAACCUUAUGCAUUUUGAGCGUCAUAGUAAUUCACCAUGAGUUUAUAAGCUAACAACAAUGAAUGCUGACCGUGCACUUCCUGAUUGUCGGAUCAAUAAAAAAGUUAGUUUGAUCUCAAGAGCUGCUUAUACAAUAUAUCUGUACUUGGGCAAGACACAUUUUGCUCAAAUACAUGGGAAAAAAUCAAGUACUAACCCUUGAAGUUAAAAUAAUUUUGCGGUUGUACUGUCUGCAGCAAAUUUUUUCUAAGUUUUUUACUGUGCCAUAAUCAGGAAGUGCUCAUUAGGAUGAUUAUUGUUAGCUUUACCAUUAUUGAAGCUUUUGGGCGACAGUAGCUCAGUUGGUAAGAGCGUUUGUCCGCGGAUCAGAAGGUUGGCGAUCGAAGGUUGGCGAUGCAUUUCCAGCUCCCACAGAUGAAUGCAGUUGUCGUGUCCUUGGGCAAGACACUUAACCCACCUCAGUGUCUGCGUACACGGGUGUAUGAAUGUGUGGGUGAGUGAUUCCUUGAUGCAAAGCGCUUUGAGUGCCUUGAAGGUGGAAAAGCACUGUAUAAAAGUGUGACUAUUUACCUUUUACUUCCUGAUUCUCAGACACUUUCUAAUUAGAUGCAGACAGCACACAGCAGUCUUAUUUUUAUUUAAAUAAUUCUAACGUGUACUGUCUGCAUUUAAUUAGAAUGUGCUGUACUGUUCAAUAAUCAGGAAGUGCUCAUUAGCAUGCUUGUUGUUAGCUUUACCGCCACUGCAAAACUCCGCUCUGGUCUCUGAAAGUUGUGAAAAGCUCUUAUAAACUCAUCCUGGUGAAUGCAUAAGGUAAGUGAGGAAUAACUUUGGACCACUGCAAACCGUUGAAAAUGAACCAGUUUUGUUUUUCACAUUUUUAAAACUGUAAAAAAAAAAAAAAAAUCUGGUAGAUCAGACAGUAAUUUGUUGAUUGACUAAGGCUUGAAUAAGGAUUUGAGAAAUGCAAUGAUUUUGUUUUGUUUUUUUUCUUCUUGAACAUUGAACAUCUGUGAUAAAUGUUUUUUUUUUACAUUAAACAAUGCAAACUUUUUUUUUGCCUUAUCACAGAAAUAUUUUACUUACAUUUGGGAAUAUUCAAUUUACAUUAUUUCUCAAGCAUUUCAGUGUGUUUUUUCCCAAAUCUUUAUUGCCACUCAAGUUCAGACUUUGCACCCAAGACCUGUAGCAUACCAUCCCUUCAGUUGGAAACAAAGGUUUAAUGACAGAAUUGGGGCAAACCUUUCACCUAUUGGUCAAUAGUCACAUGCUAUGUCUGAGCCCUGUGGGAUUAUGGGACAGAGGCUCCAACAAUGUCUCUUAAUGGGAACUUUUUUUUGUUAUUCUUAAGAUAACUUUGUGUGUUAACUUCUGUCUCUUUGUCUAAUUUACCUAUGAAACCGAAGUACUGUGAUAUAGAUAACCAUCGUGACAUGUAUGUAAAUUAUCUUUUUCUUUUUCUGUGUUCAAAUGAUUUAUUUUUAUAUGAAGUAUUAAAAUCUAAUCAUUAAAUAUUU